AUGAAACGUGACAGCCUACUCGACUACAAAUUUGAGUCAAUAAAAACCCCAACCUCGAAGCCUCGCUCAUACUCCUCCCAAUUAAUCGAAACUGAAAAUUUCAGUGCUCAAAUUGAGGCAGCCAAUAAAAGCUUACUGAAUGCUAAACCUAACCCAGAUUUUUUGAAUCUUAGUCCUUCUGCAUCCUCCAUCCAAGAUCAAUUUUAUCUUGAUUCAACCCAGCUUUCUAUCAAGCCAGAAGAAAAUUCAGUCGACCUUAAUAGACUCUCAGUUUUUCAAGAGGACUCGAAAGACAAAAAAUUUCUGAGGAGCUACACUUUAGUGCAGUCUUUUGACGUGGUAAAGCGUAUUGGGACCUCGAAUUUUGAAAAAGCUAUCAAAGAUCAUGAUCUGUUGAAAAAUUUUAUUAAAGUGAGAGAAAUGACAUAUUUUGAAACAAUUGAUGAUUUGCCUGAUGGAAAUAUUUUCUUUCAUAUCAGGAAGGCGGCCUUAAGAAUCGUCCAUGGAGUGUCGGUUCUUGCUAGAGUUAUCGUAUUAAGCCCGAUUUUUGAAGCUUUCAUUGUAAUUAUUAUUUUAUUUAAUGCCGUUGUGCUGGCAAUAGAAGACCCGAAUUCCAAUGAUACUGGUGCUUUGGCCAGUCUUGAUUUAUUUUUCCUAUAUGUAUAUACAGCUGAAUGUGGCUUGAAAUUGAUAGCAUUUGGAGUGAUUUUUACGAGAAAUGCGUAUUUCAGAGAUGUUUGAAAUAUCCUUGAUUUUGUCAUUGUGGCGACCGCGUGACUUAUACAAAUAGGCCAAAACUCAGUGAAUUUAUCAGCGUUAAGAGUUUUUAGAGUCCUCAGGCCGCUAAGAAGCAUUUCUUCAAUUGAAGGAUUAAAAGUGAUUUUUACAUCCCUGAUAAGCUCAACAUGGCCUCUUUUAAAUGCUUUUUUGAUUCUAUUUUUCUUUAUUUUUAUCUUUUCUAUAGCAGGGCUGCAAUUAUUUAUGGGACUAUUUAAGUAUCAUUGCUUGAAUAUUGAGAUAGGGACCUCAAUUAAAGGCGAAAGCGUCUGUGGCAAUAUGUCCUGCCCAGAAGGAUACAAGUGCUCGCAAGGCUUGGACAACCCUUUUUAUGGGAUGUACAAUUUUGAUAACAUUUUUUUUGCACUUUUAGCUAUCUUUCAAUGCCUCACCGAAGAAGGCUGGGCUCACGACAUGAUUAUUGCUGAAAAAGCCUUAAGCCAGCUUGUGAUCAUUUUCUUCGUCCCUAUGAUUUUUGUAGGAACCUACCUAAUUUUGAAUUUAACAGGAGUCAUCUUAUAUUCAAAUUUCCGAAGAGAAAUGGACACUGUGAGAAAAAAGAAGGUAAACUCAAUAAAAGAGGAGUCUUUAGAAGACUCGUUUCAGUCCUCUAUAUUUGAAGAUCUUUACGACGAAGGCGAUAUCAAAACAAACCAAAUCAACAACCAAGAAAGCACAUCUGUCCCUAUGGUCAACAGAGACACACUUAUGAUUAAUGAAGAAGGGGUAGAAAUAAGCCCGAUUAAAUAUAUAGGCAACUCCAAAAAGUUAUUGAAGCUGGAAAACAUAAAACGACAGGCAGUUGUGAUACCCCUGGUGCAUCUUCGGGAUGAGUCAAUUGAUUCACUCAUUGAAGAUGGGAAAAAUGAAGAAUUUGAUAGAAGCUCUUCAAUAGACCCAGCUGCAACUACACAGCGGCCUGAUUCAACCCUGGUCAACACAAAGCUAAAAUUUAAAUAUGAAAAUAUGGGCGCAGCCAUACUGAAAGAAGUCCCAAAUUUCUUAGAAGAUGACACUCCUCACAAAGGCCACGAAAAAUACAUAAUUCCUGAUGUCAAUCUUGAUGAAUCACGCAUCAGCCUGUCCAAAGACAAUGGAGGGAAAUUGAGAAGGACAAUUAAAUCUUAUGGAACUGAAUUUAGAUCGAACUGCAGCAGGACGGCUUCAAGCACUCAGAGGUUUCUUACACGUGAAAUCAACCAUCGAACCAUCAGAAUUAAAGCUCACAUUGAAGAGCAUUUUGAUAUGUCGUCCAAUUCUUAUUAUGACGUCAUUCCUGAAUGGAAAAUAGAAGACUCCCAAGCAGCUUAUGCUGAACAAUUCACCUAUAGAGGCUCAAGCAAUAUUUUGUCAGGCCUUGACACUCUAACAAAAAAUGAAGAGUACGUGAUCCAAGAAAACCUAGACAAAUACAAGCAGUUUGAGACCAAGACGGAGGUUUUCAACUAUUUAGCUACUAAAAAAGACCCUUAUCUUGCGUUUUUUAAAGUAAAUAUCCAUGUAAAUGAGUUUGUGAAAAAGAUCAAUGAGCAGGACAGAAAAUCAAUGUAUAUAAUAGGAGAUUGAUCUGGAAGCGACGUUUUUGAAAGUGAGACUGCCAGAGUAGCACAGUACCAAGAUUACUUAAAAAAUAACUUUAAGUUAUGACAUAAAGGGGUGAGGGGGAAAUGAGAAAAAAUUCAGUCGCCGUUUCGAGAUUUGGUGCAGUCUAAAAUUGUGAAUUAUUUUUUGAUUUUAUGUGUUUUCACGAAUACAGCAAUUUUGGCAGCUUAUCAUUAUGGAAUGGAUUCGGAGACUUCAAGUUUGCUUUCUGAUUUUAAUUAUGCAUUUACAAUCAUAUUUAUUGUAGAAAUGGGUUUCAAAAUGCUGGGACUUGGAAUAAUUGGAUAUAUAAGAGAUAAGAUGAAUAUUUUUGAUGGAGUGAUCAUAUAUAUAAGUCAAUAUGGCGCUUUGGCCUAGGUAUGGCCUCCUGGUCAUGAUAUUAAAUUAUAUCCAGCAGGUUUUGUCCUCAGAAGUGGAUAGUAAUGUUAGGCAAGCAAUUUAGGAGCGUUUGAGCAUAGCCAAAGUCCGCAUUCAGAGCUGAGUUUACCUCAAGGAAAAUGGAGAGCUUGGAGUUGGAAAGGGAAAGUCCAGCAGCAAGGCUAGACCAAUUAGGCAUACCUCUAGCGUGAUGCCAGGACUCAACUUUUGGCUUAAACUUUUCCCUCUUGCAAGUGUAGGCCGGUAAUUAAUUUUUUGGGAUUUUUGUGCAGGAGAAGAGUAAAGAUUUAGAUAUCCCAUGACAUCAGGGGAUAUCCAAAGGAGGAGUAAGAUGGUGUCGAUUUUCUCGCAGUGUGAGUCAUGUCAACUGGACCAGCUUGACUGGCGGCAUCUUAAAGCGGAUGAAUCCUUGAAGGGUCCUUGGUGACUAUUUACCAAUAAGCAGCAUCUAACCAUAAUUAAGAUUAAGAUUGAUGGAGUAAUCACAAUAAUAAGCCUGAUUGAGAUGGUUUUUACAGUUGAUACACUUUCCACUAUUACAGCAUUACGAGCCUUAAGAGUGCUUAGGAUUAUCAGAGUGGUUCGAGUUGUCCGAUUAUUUCGCUACUUGCACUCAAUGAACCACAUUAUGAGAAAACUCAGAGAAAACUUCAAAAGCCUUAUCUACAUCAUCUUAUUUUUGCUUCUAUUUGUGUUGAUCUUCGCCAUUAUUGGAAUUCAGCUAUUUUCAGGACGAUUUUAUUUUUCAGACGGCCAUCCCCGAUAUAACUUUGAUAAUUUUCAUUAUUCUUUUCUCAGUACUUUCCAAAUGCUGACUGAGGAAAACUGACAAACUAUUCUCUACAAUACAAUGAGAAGUGACAGAGGGUACAGCUCAGGACUAUUUUGCGUAUUCUGAAUAGUGAUAGGAAAUUACAUACUCAUGAAUUUAUUUUUGGCCUUGGUUCUUGAUAUGUUUAGUAAUAAAGAUGGAGACACAUCCUAUGCUACUUCUUCCAAUGGAAAUUCUAAUAGAAGAGACAGUAUUUUUGGAUCAAUUGGAGAACGACACAAGAAAAAAAGAGAGGAAAAGCUAAAAAUGAUUGAAGAGCUUGAAGUCAGCGAAAGUGCUGACAGCAAAACGCUUGAACUCCUGCGCAAAGAAAGUGAAAUAAGGAAAACAAAAGUGAUGUACGAUGGAAUAGAUAUCGAGCGGAGCUAUUUUAUAUUUUCGAAAAAUAAUUUUAUAAGGAAACUCUGCUAUAUUGUUUCAAAUAACCAGAAAUUUGAGACCUGCAUAUACUUUAUUAUUGCUGCCAGCACAAUAAAACUAAUAUGAGACACAUAUUUGUUGGAUGAGCCUUCAGACUCUAUUGAAGUAGAAGUCUCUACUUAUUUUGACAUAGCUUUUGCUGUUAUUUUUACAUCUGAAUACGUGAUAAAAUCUAUUUCAAUGGGAUUUAUAUUAGGAAAAGGCUCUUAUCUAAGAGAAACCUGGAAUAAAUUGGAUUUUUUUAUUGUUAUUGUCUCUAUAAUUGACUUGUCGCUUUCUGGGUUCAACUUCUCAGCAAUCAAAGCGCUUCGGCUUUUAAGGACUUUAAGGCCGCUGAGGUUUAUUUCCCACAACAUUUCUAUGAAAAUUGUGAUCACUGCUCUUUUGGAGUCCAUGAUUUCUGUCUUCAACGUCACCUGUGUGAUGCUUAUAGUCUGACUGAUUUUCGCAAUAUUAGGGGUGUCUCUAUUUGGAGGGAAGCUCUAUACCUGCGAUAAUCCGAAUAUUCAUACAGAAAAAGAAUGCUUGAUUUAUGGUCACUCAUGGGUGAGCUAUGACAUAAAUUAUGAUAAUGUGAUAGAAGCUAUGGUUGCCUUGUUUAUAAUGGCUUCACAAGAAAAUUGGCCUGAUGACAUGUACGCUGCAGUGGACGCUGUAGCCGAAGGAAAAUCACCGAUUAGAGAAAAUAACCCCAGCGCUGCUUAUUAUUUUAUUUUUCAUAUCUUUAUUUCUUCGAUAUUCUUCGUGAAUUUGGUUUCAGGUGUCAUUUUUGAGAAAUUCACAGAAGCUAAAAGGAACGAGAGCUCGCUUGCUGCACUGAUUUUGACCAAUGAACAAAUGGUGUGGGUGGAGCUGCAAUCUUUGAUUGUGCAGUCCAAGCCUGCACUUGAUAUAUCUAAAAGGCCGGAAAAUAUAAUUAGAUCAAAGCUGUAUACUCUGAGCAAGCAUUGGGGAUUUGAACUGUUUAUAAUGGCUUGUAUUUUAUUAAACAUGAUUGAAAUGGCGAUGUAUUAUGAUACUGCGCCGUCUGAGUAUACAGAUGUUCUUGACUAUAUAAAUUCGAUUUUCGCACUUAUUUUUAUUGCAGAAGCUAUUAUUAAAUUAAUUGCAUAUGGGCCGAAAGCAUAUUUUCAUGAUACCUGAAAUAAAUUUGAUUUUAUCGUGGCUGCAGCUUCAGCAUUUGAUUUGAUUUCUACAUAUAUUUUGAAGUCGGAUAAUGCCUAUAUGAAACUUGGCCCUCAGUUAAUCCGAGUUGUCCGAGUUUUUAGAGUUUCACGCUUAUUAAGGCUUUUUAAAUUCCUGAAAUCUCUAAAACUCCUCUUAGCAGUGCCUACUAUUAAAUGGGGUAUAACUUAAAAUUUUUUAAAAAUAGCUUUAUUUAUUAAAUGGGGCGAUAAGAGAUUUGCUGACAAUUAUUUCCUAUUCAUUGCCUGCUAUUUUAAAUGUAUCAGGGAUUUUGAUACUCAUUUACUCCGUUUACUCAAUCCUCGGUGUCUAUCUAUUUCACUCUGUGGACAGUGGAAACAUUAUCGACGACUAUACAAAUUUCAAGAAUUUCCAUAAAGCGAUGGUCACUCUAUUUAGGUGCUCUACAGGAGAGGACUGGCCGACCAUCAUGUAUGAUUGUGUUCACAAGACUGGAAAGGCUGUGCCUUACAUUUUCUUUAUUUCUUUUAUUUCCUCAACUACUUUUGUCAUGCUAAACUUAUUCGUCAUGGUGAUCCUCCAAAAUUAUGAAGACUACGAAAACAACCCGGAAAGCGUCAUCAAUAUCUUCAACGGUGACGUAAAAAAGUUCAAAAAAUGCUGGGCGAAUUAUACAAAAGAAAGCAGAGGGAAAAGAAUCCACUAUAAAAACCUGACAAAUUUUAUGUAUGAUCUAGGCCAAGGACUUGGAAUAGCCCCAGAGGUAGGACACGAAAUUAAAUUAAGAGCUUUAAGAUAUUCUAGAUUUGAUGCCUCUGCACACUUCGUAAGAGAAGACGCUGUUGAUGGGACUUGGGCAGCCGAUGUACCUCUGCCAAACAAGGGUCAGGCUAUCUAAAGGCUUCACUGCGUCUCUGAGUUUCAAUACCUCUGUCGGCCACCUUAAGGAAGGGUGACACCCAGGAAGAAGAAUCACUGUCCUCCGGAACCGGCAGGGAAAACCAGUCACCCAAAAACCAUCCGGAUAACUAAUACUUGAACUGGAAUGGCCUCCAGCCCCAUCCCAAAGACACCCACAUCAUAGUCAGCUAUAAAGCAUACUUAGGGUUAGAUUCAAGUGGCUUGAGCUUUUUUUAUGACUAUAAAGCUAUUUUGGCACAGCGGCGUCAUUGGUAAGUGCAUAUUUUCCCGCAACCAUAUUAAUUAUAUGGCACGAAAGGGCGAUAAAGAUUUUGUCAAUUAUGGGGUUAGAAAUAGAUAAAGAUGGCUAUAUUUAUUAUAAUGACAUGCUUUUUGCAGUGAUGAAAAGGAAGCACGAAAGGCUACUUGUCAGAAAUGUGACAGGAAAUUCUAAGAAGCUGAUGAAAAGAGAAGAAAAUUCGACCCUGAAAAAGCUUAGCAGGCUGAGGGCAAAAGAAAAAGUCCAGUUUCAGUCACAAAGUAUCGAAUCAGAAAGCAAAGGUAGCAAGGUGAAUUUCUUCUUUGCUAUGCUUUAUGCGAGAACUGUCUUUCGCAGCUGGAGAAAUUGGGUGAAAAAUAGAAAAGAGAGGGCAAGCAGCUCGAGUGUGACUCCGCAGUUUUCUGACAUAGUUUUUCCAGGAGAAAAUACUUAUGAAUCUUCUGAUAUGGUGUCAAAUUAA